AUGGAUAUCCAACAAGUAUUAUAUGGGUACAAUCUCCGGAGCUCCAUCACUUUCCGGUGCGAAUUUGAAUGCUUGGCUGAAACAAAAGUCGGGCUGGCCGCGGGCCGGUACUCGGGCACGAGCCGCCCCGACUUGUACCGGACGCCGCACGCGUUGCACAGGGUUUUCGGGCCCAUCGGGCCCGUUCUCCACUGUGGGGUCUUCUCCGACGCGCAGUGGAGGCAUCUCCGGCCGGGGGCAUCCGCCGGCUCCCUCCUCCUCGCCGGCGCUGCCUUGGGGGAGAGGACGAAGAGGCGGGAAGACCAGUCGCAGGGGGCGGCGCGUGAGCGCUUGCUACGCGCUUUGCCGGGGACCGAGGCGUCGGCCGGAAAGAACAGCGGCGGCGGCGGCGGCGGCGAGUAG